GUGUUUGCUGGUAUUUUCCCUGCUGACCAGUCCCAGCACAUGGCACUGAAACUUGCCAUAGAAAAACUCACUCUCAAUGACUCAAGUGUAGACAUACAUAUAGACAACAGUGCUGUAUUAGGUCAAGGUUGGAGACUAGGGUUUCUAGGAUUAUUACAUAUGGAUGUGUUUAUUACAAGAUUAGAUCAGGAAUUUAAUGCUUCUGUGAUAGUGACAGCUCCAAAUGUACCUUACAAAGUGACUAUAAAGGGAGCCAAGAAUAUAAAAAAAUAUGGUGGAGAAACACUCACUAUAUUAAAUCCAUGCAAGUUACCUGAUUUAAGUAUUAUCACUGAGUUUAUGGAACCAAUGGUUAAAGGGACAAUUAUAGCACCAACUGAACAUAUUGGAGAAAUGGUCAAUAUCAU